UAUAAGCACUGCGCGGUGACGUCAGCGCGCCCUCCUUUUUCUCUCUGCCCGGGACCGAGACGACAAGAUGGUCAACGUACCAAAAACCCGGAGGACGUACUGCAAGAAAUGUCGCAGGCACCAGCCUCAUAAGGUUACCCAGUACAAGAAAGGAAAGGAUUCCUUGUAUGCACAGGGUAAGAGGCGUUAUGACAGGAAGCAGAGUGGUUAUGGUGGACAGACAAAGCCUAUAUUUCGAAAAAAGGCUAAGACCACAAAGAAGAUUGUGCUGAGACUGGAAUGUGUGGAGCCUAACUGUCGAUCAAAGAGAAUGCUGGCUAUCAAGCGAUGCAAACACUUUGAGCUGGGAGGAGACAAGAAGAGGAAGGGCCAAGUCAUCCAGUUCUAAGCUGCAUUCUUGGUGUUCUUUAGAGUACAAAUUCACAAUAAAAAUUACUGAAAGUUA